CUCUCGGCACUCGGCAGGUAGAUUUCUCGUCCAUUCGCAGCAAUGGAAGGGUCGUCGGUGGAGGUGCCACCGUACUUCCUGUGCCCUAUCUCGCUAGAGAUCAUGCGAGACCCAGUCACCCUCGCCACCGGCAUCACCUACGACCGCACCAGCAUCGAGCGCUGGCUCUUCGACGCCGCCCACCACGCCACCUGCCCCGUCACGCAGCGCAAGCUCGCGCCGGAGGACCGCGACACCACGCCCAACCACACCCUCCGCCGCCUCAUCCAGGCCUGGUGCGCCCUGCACGAGGUCGAGCGCUUCCCCACCCCGCGCGCCCCCGUCGACGCCUGCCGCGUCGCCACGCUCGUCGACGAGGCACGCGGUGCGAGCCGGCGCCAGGAGCUGGCCGCGCUCAGGGAGAUCAAGGCCAUCGCCGCCGAGAGCGACCGCAACAAGCGCUGCGUCGAAGCCACGCCUGGCGCCGUCGACUUCCUCGUCUCCGUCGUCAGGCACCACUGCACCACAAGCUCCGACUCCAGGUCGGCUGAAGACCUAUUCGAACUAACGCUGGAUUCACCGACGUCCACGAGCCCGCCGGAGGAGGACGCCCUGAGCGUCAUCUACUCGCUCAACCCCUCCAAGAAGAGCCUGCUUCGGAUCCUAGAGAGAAAUAACGGCGCUUUCCUGGACACCCUCCUGCACGUGCUGCAGCGCCCGAGUUACCGGUCACGAACGUACGCCGUCCUGCUGCUCAAGGCGAUGGUGUCGGUGAUGGAGCCGGCGCGACUGAUGGCGGUGCGACCCGACGUGGUCCAGGAGGUGGUGCGCGUCGUGUCCGACAGGGUGUCCGCCAAGGCGGUGAAGGCGGCGCUGCACGUGCUGUGCCGGCUGUGCCCCUGGGGCAGGAACCGCGUCAAGGCUGUGGAGGCCGGCGCGAUGACCGUGCUCGUGGAGUUGCUCCUCGACGAGGGCAGCCGGCACUCGGCCGAGCUGGCGGUGGUGGCUAUCGACCACCUCUGCGGCUGCGCGGAGGGACGGUCGGAGCUCGUGGCGCAUCCGGCCGGGCUGGCCGUGGUCUCCAAGAAGGCUAUGAGGGUGUCGCUGGCCACCACCGAGAGCGCGGUGCGCGCUCUCCACGCCGUGGCCAAGCACUCCCCGACGCCGGCCGUGCUUCAGGAGAUGCUGGCCGUAGGGGUGGUGGCGAAGCUUCUGCUUCUUCUGCAGGUAGACUCCGGCGAGCGGGCAAGGGCCAAGGCCAAGGAGCUGCUCACGAUGCACGCUAGGGUUUGGAAGAACUCGCCGUGCCUGCAGGCGCACUUGAAGGCGCAUUACCCUUCCUGAUGAUUUGCUCACACCGAGAUCAUAUCUACGACGAGCAAAUUGCUCUCUUUAACUUGGUCGUUGUAAUUAUCUGCACAACGUGUCAUCCCACAU